AAAUAAAUCCAAGGGAGAAUACACUUUCCCUUUUAUUUUCCUUUGCACAGAGGAUAGAAAACAGAGAGAAAAAUGGUGGCAAUAUCGCUCUACAGAGGAAAGCUACACAAAGUCCCUGACGUCCCUCGUAAAUGGCUUACUCCCACUCCCACUCUCUCUGCUAAAGAAUUCAAAACUCUCCUCCACCGCCGUGCCAAAGCCCUCGCUCGCCUUAAUUCCUCCACUUCUAACCCUAACCCUAAUCCAGACUUGCAAUUUCUUCAUCACAAACAACCCCAACCCCACAAUCAUGCGUCUGUGGGUGAUGAUAUUGAUCAGCUGCUUGGGGUGGAUCCUGUAGGUGAGGGUCAUGGUAAGAAAGAAAAUGGGGGGCGGGAGGUUGAGCUGGUUGGGGAGGAUGUUAUUAAGCCUAAAUUGGAUGAUGAUCAGAUGAAGGUUAUUGAUUUGAACCCCAACUCUGAGAUGAUUAGCAAAGAAGAAAGGAAAAGGGAGAUUGAGGAGAAACUAAAAAUUUUGAAUGCAAAAAAGCAUGAUUUGGUCCAAUCACUUAAGCAGAUAUUAAAUGCAGAAGAACAACUAAAGAGGCGAAGUAGCGAACAAGGGAUGGCUACUCAAGCUCAGGUCUCACUUCAAGUAGAUGUUACAUUUGACUCCGGAUCAAUGAGUAGACACCCCACUCCUAGAAUUGGCUCUGAUGGAAUCUUGCGUGAUGGGGAGGGUAGAGAAGCAUAUGAUGCUUCAAACCAUAAUAUCCAUCCUCGCAAUUAUCUUCGAAUGAGUAGUGUGUCACCAUCUUCAGAUUCUCCUCAUAGGAGGCCUUUCCAUAGUGCGGCCCCACAUGCUUCUCGAGCAACUCUGGGCCCCUCUGCUAGUCCAUCACGCUUUGCUCCUACUGGGCAACAAGGUAAUUCGGCAAGUCUACCCACAGUCUCUGCAUCGGGAACAAACUACAUGGCAUCCUCUCCUUCACCUGCAGCAUCGGGUGGAACUUCAGUUUUUAAAGAUGGGAGGCAUGUAAGUCCUUGGAAAUAAUCCCCUGAUUGCAUUUUCUGAGCUGUAUGAAGACUCAGAUAUUAAGGGUGCGUAGCACUAGAAGUACUUGUCUUACUCUUUUUAUUUGAUAGUCGAACACACAUCGUCUUUGUUAAUAUUCGAACUCCGCCUCCCCAGCAAAGGGAGCUAGUAAUGUGAGUGCCGUUUUCGGUUUA